AUGAAGGAUCACUAUGACCAUGUUGCCUUUACUGACAGCAAAAACAGCACAAGAUCACCUUUCUGGUCUGAUGAUAAGCACUUUGUGGUCCGGUCAGAUGGAACAUUAACAGGCAUCGCUGAUGAGGAGGUACCCAUCCUGCAUUUUCCUAAGGCUCCCAAAGGAAUGAAGAGGCGGAAGAGAGCAUGGAUCCUCCCUCCAAUUAGUGUUACUGAGAAUCAGCGUGGACCAUUUCCCUUAAAAAUUAGUCAGGUAAAGUCUGAUGACCAUGAAAACAAACGGAUCCGCUACAAAAUCACCGGUCCAGGGGCUGACCAGGAUCCCGUUAAACUCUUCACGAUGGAUGAGGAAACAGGUCAUCUUUACGUUACACAACCUCUGGACAGAGAGAAACAAAGCAGUUACACGUUGAAAGCACUUGCCGAGUUAGAUGGUUCGGCAAAAGCAGAGGAUCCAAUUGAUGUUACAAUCGUGGUCAUUGACCAGAACGACAACAAUCCCGUUUUUAAAAAAACAGUCUACAAUGCAGAAGUUCCUGAGUCUUCAACAAGAGCGAAAGGGGGGAGUCAGAGUAAAUAUAUGCACGCCCAGGAGAAGGCUAGUGGCUGGAAGCUGGAAAUCGAUAGUUACACACUGAAAGUGCAAGUGGCAGACCAGAAAGGUGAAGGUUUAUUAGGAGAAACAAGAGUGAUUAUUAAGGUCACAGACAGCAACGAUCACGCGCCAAUCUUUACUAAUCCGUCUUACAAAGCAACAGCAGGGGAGAAUGAAGUAGAUGCUGAACUUGUUCGGAUGUCCGUGACAGACAAGGAUGAGGAACAUUCUCCUAACUCGAAUGCAAAGUUCACAAUCGUCGGUGGAGAUCCUGGAAAUCUCUUCAGUGUGAAAACAGGAAGUAACAAACUAGAGGGAAUCAUUACUACUGCAAAGGGUCUGGACUUUGAGAAGACCAGUAAGCAUACCCUGCUGGUUGCGGUGCAGAAUGAGGUUCCUUUUGCUACUGCAUUGACCACUUCCACUGCCACAGUGGAGGUGACUGUGAGAGACAUCAAUGAACCUCCGAUAUUUGAAACAAAAGAGACCCAUGUGUCCAAAAGGGAGGACCUUCCUGUGGAAAGCACCGUGGUGCAGCUCACAGCCACUGAUCCAGACGUAGCACGCAAACAGAAAGUCAAGUAUAAAAUAUUCACUGACCCCGCUAAUUGGCUGAGGAUUGAUGAAAAUACUGGAAAAAUCUCAGUGAAAGACGAAAUGGACAGAGAAUCUGUCUGGGUCAAAGACAACAGAUACACAGCAAUUAUUACUGCAUAUGAUGAUGAUCAAAUCCCAGCAACAGGAACUGGUACCUUGAUUAUCGAGCUAGAGGAUGUCAAUGACAACCCACCUGUCAUUGAAGAACGGGAAUUUAAGAUGUGUAACGAGGAACCGGUUCCUCAGAUUCUGACUGUAAAGGAUAAAGAUGGACCAGACUUCACUUCUCCAUACAGCGUCAGCUUACAGGGCCCUUCGAAUGCUAACUGGACUGCCAGGAUGAAUGACACCAAAAUGGGCAUCAUCCUGACUUUAAAAACCAAGAUUCCAAGAGGAGAUUACAAGGUGGUCUUGAGUGUUGAAGACAACCAGGGUCUGUCACAGGUCAGCACAGUUGCAGUUAAGGUUUGUGACUGCACCGGAGAGGAGCCCUGCAUGCAAAACCGGACUGGUAGCUCCAGUCUUCCCGUCACCCUGGGGAUCCUUGGGGCUGUCCUACUGUUGUUUAUCGUGUUGGCGGUGGUGCUUAUUUCAAGAUGGAAUAAAAAAAAAGAGAAGGUGCCGCUGCUACCCCCAGAAGAUGACCUCAGAGAUGAGAUUGUUUGCUAUGAUGAAGAAGGAGGCGGAGAGGAUGAUCAGAUUCCUUCUCGACUUUUGUUAGUGUUGGCGGUGGUGCUUAUUUCAAGAUGGAAUAAAAAAAAAGAGAAGGUGCCGCUGCUACCCCCAGAAGAUGACCUCAGAGAUGAGAUUGUUUGCUAUGAUGAAGAAGGAGGCGGAGAGGAUGAUCAGGACUAUGAUCUGAGUGUUAUCCACCACGGUUUGGACAACCGACCUGAUAAAGUCAGGAGUGACGUGGCUCCGAUGGAACGCAGUCAGCCCAGCUACAGACAUCUCCCUAACAACCAAGAAGAUAUGACCAGCUUUAUUGACCAUAACCGGAAGUUGGCAGAUAACGACCUAGCUGCUCCCCCCUUUGACUCCCUGCUGGUGUUCGAUUCAGAAGGAGGGGAAUCGAAGGCAGGGAGCCUCUCUUCACUGUAUUCUUCAAAAGAUGGAGACCAGGACUAUGAGCCCCUCAAAGAAUGGGGCCCCCGCUUCAAGAAACUGGCAGACAUGUAUGGAGGAGGAGAGAAUGAUGACAUGCUGUAAAUGUAACCCCCACCCAGGAGAAAAAUUGCUCCAUGCAAUUUAAGGGACAACAACAUGGGGAAACCAAUGAGAC